GGGUGGAUGCAGAGUUGCAGACUUAGCCUGAAGGAGAGAGGCUUCAUCUUCAACCUUCAGCCCCUCCUAUCUUCUAUGCAUUCAAAAAUGAAGGAGGGCUCAGGGAGGGGCUUUAGGGCUUGCAGCGGGUAGGAAGGGCUCAGGCCCACCUGCCCCACCACUGGAUCCAUGCUCCUAACAAGAUAACACCACUAGUUUAUUAGGUAAUUGUACUUACUUUUGUAUAAAGUAUACUAGUCUUGCAGAUGAAAUAGAGUAGUGCUACGAGGUAGUAGAUCGGGGUAGCUGAAGAGCAACACACUGUCCGCUCGUCCGUUUCACUGAGAAGGACUAAAAGAGCAAGAAGAGAGCAUGGAGGAAGGGGCAGGGAGGAGAGGGAUCCCUUCGCUGCUGAAAUCACCGGUGGUGGCUGAAACCGAAGCCACUUUUCUUUCUCUGCAGCAGGAGCACAUCGCCUCUGAUAUUACCCAGCUUGUAGGAUGGACGCCACUGAUAGAACUGAAGAGAAUCGCUGAGAAGGACAAUGUCAACGCCCGGAUUGUUGGCAAGCUGGAGUGCUACCAGCCCCUCUGCUCUGUCAAAGACCGCAGCGCUCUGAGAAUGAUUGAAGAUGCAGAGGAGAAAGGGCUGAUCUCGCCUGGUAUGACAACACUGGUUGAGCCGACGAGCGGCAAUAUGGGCAUAGGUUUGGCGUACAUUGCUUUGACUAGAGGUUACAGGUUCGUUGCCGUCAUGCCUGCCGAGUACUCACUUGACAAGCAGAUCUUGCUGAGGUACCUGGGAGCUGAUUUGGUGUUAACCGAUCCUACGCUUGGCUUUCAGGGACAACUUGACAAGGUGGAACAGCUCAAGAAAGAAAUACCCAAUGUGCAUGUUCUUGACCAGUUUGCAAACGCAGCAAAUCCUGAAGCACACUUUAAAUGGACUGGACCUGAGAUUUGGAAGGAUACGGCAGGCAAAGUAGACAUAUUUGUGGCCGGUUCAGGCACAGGAGGUACUGUUUCUGGUGUCGGCAAAUACUUGAAGAUGAAGAACCCAGCUGUGAAGGUCAUUUGUGUUGAGCCUGCUGAGAGUCCAGUUAUUUCAGGAGGCAAGCCUUCUAGACAUAAAAUUCAGGGAGUCGGCCCAGGAUUUGUGCCCAAGAACUUGGACACCUCAGUCACUGAUGAGAUCAUUACAGUAACUGCAGAAGAUGCAAUGGCAAACGCUAGGAGGUUGGCCAGGGAAGAGGGCCUGCUAGUUGGCAUAUCAUCUGGAGCAAAUCUGGCAGCUUGCCUGCAGGUGGCAUCAAGAGAAGAGAAUAAAGGGAAGAUGAUUGUCACUGUGUUUCCUAGUGGUGGCGAGAGAUACAUGAACUCCGAUCUCUUUGCAGCUAUAAGAGAGGAAUGCAUCGCCAUGACCUUCUGAUCUGGACGUCUGUGCAGAUCUAUAGUGGUGAUCUGUUAUUGCUCGGCAUGUAAUAAAUUUUAGUAUCAUUGAUCCAAUCCAACAAGUUGCUGAGGUGGGUGGGGAUUUGGAACCUCACAAACUGCUGGCAUAAGAUUGCUGGUCAUGUGCAUUCCAUUAACAGGAAAGAGUUGUAUAUGUUCUUGGCUAGGGAUCAUUACAGACUUUUGAGGAUUGAUGUAAUUGUUCGUGCUUGUUUGCUUUCUAGCUUCCAUAUUUCUUGGCACGGAAAUUUUCAGCAAAGAAUUGUACCACAAAUUAUAAACUGAGAGAUGCCAAUUUUCAACCUUGGAUCAUAAA